GUGCUUGUCUGUUCCGGCGGAAGGAGGAAGUGACGUCGCUCAGCGGAGCCCCGCGGCUUCCAGUAACGUUUUCUCUGGUGUCGAGGGUGUAGCGCGGUGGUGUUGUUGUCCAUGCUCCAGUUGUUGCUUCCUUGGGGAGAGGCCAGGAAGGGCCCUCGUCGUUCAGGCUGCUCUAUUGCUGAAGUCCAUAUCUAGUUCAUUCAGUCUUCCAGACUGCGUGCUCUAUGCUUUGAGACCAGGAGGACCUUGGUAUUCUGAAAUGAAGAUGGAGACAGUUGUAAAAGCAGAAGAACUUGUUGAUUCAGAAGUUCCACCAAAGACUUCUGCAAAGCAAGAGACUGCUCCUGAUGAAGACGGACCUAUAGAACUGGAGACACAAACUCAGAAGGACAGUGUGCCCACUGCAGCAGACUCUGCAGUGCUCUCUUCAAUGCCUUGCUUACUGAUGGAACUGAGGCGAGACUUCUCGGAGUCUCAGAUAGCAUUUACAGAGAAUGAUAAGCCAACGGGUAGUCAAGUUUACGAAAGUGACUCUUCUAAUCAUUGCAUGCUUUCCCCUUCUUCCAGUGGGCAUUUGGCUGACUCAGAUACAUUGUCUUCCACAGAAGAGAAUGAGCCCUGUCAAGCUGAAGCUGCUGUAGAGGGAUACCCUUCUGUGGUGUCUGGGGCUGCAGUUGGGAGAAAAUCCAGGCGAUCCAGGUCUGAAAGUGAAACUUCAACAAUGGCUGCCAAGAAAAACCGACAAUCUAGUGAUAAGCAGAAUGGUCGAGUUACCAAGGUAAAAGGUCAUCGAAGCCAAAAGCACAAAGAAAGAAUCCGGCUCUUAAGACAGAAACGGGAGGCAGCUGCUCGCAAGAAGUACAACCUGCUACAGGGCAGCAGUACCAGUGAUAGUGACCUGACGUGUGACUCAAGCAUGAGUUCAUCAGAUGAUGAAGAGGUUUCAGGGAGCAGCAAGACAGUCAUUGCAGAGAUACCAGGUGGACCUCCAAUUAUAACUCAUUAUGAUAUAUCAGACACAAAUUCAGACCCAGAAGUGGUAAAUGUGGACAAUCUGUUGGCAGCUGCAGUAGUUCAAGAGCACAAUAAUUCUUUAGGAAAUCAAGACUCGGGCUCUACCUGGAGAACAAGAGGGCUGCUAGAUGAACUGAGUGCUGAUACAGGUCAUUUGGAUCCAGGCUUCCUUGCAAGUGACAAAACCUCUUCUAUUAAUGCCCAGACCAAUGAAGAAAUCAAUAUUGCCUCUUCUGAUAGUGAAGUAGAGAUUGUUGGAGUUCAGGAACAAAACAGGUGUGUGCAUCCCAGGGGAGGUGUGAUUCAAAGUGUGUCUUCUUGGAAGCAUGGCUCAGGCUCACAGUACAUUAACACUCAGCAAACACAAUCGUGGACAACUGUGACUCCGCAGCAGAAUUGGUCUUCACCCCCAGAAGUAGUAGACCUCACUUUGGAUGAGGAUACCAGACGUAAAUAUCUACUGUAAUGCAGCGUCACUGUGUUUCUGUCUCCACCCCUGCUCCCCUUUGUGGCGCAUUGUUAAAGCUUCAGCUUCAGAAGCCCUGUUCUCGGCAUUACAAAAUUCAAACUCAUUAAGUUUUUCAUUUCCAUAAGAAUGUGGUAUAAUUUCGAUAUCAUUUAAAGUGGUUUUGCCCUCUCAAAGGAGGAUUCCUCCCAGAAUUAAAACCCAAAAGCACCAAACUUAAAACACAUCUACAGUUACUAACUUGUGUCUGUGUUAAUCUGAAGAAAUAACUGUGUGCAAACCCUUUCCGACCUCUGACUUCAGAACAUUUUUAAUUUAUCAAUAUAUUGAUUUUGUUAGUAGAAACUACUGUUUUGCUGUGUGAGCAUCAGUGAUUUUGAGAAAUGCUGUGUCCUCACUGAUUUCAGUGGAACUUGGGCCAAGAGUAUUUAUAGCCAAGCUGAUGUGGUUAUGUUACCAGCAGGAGGGACUGUCUUAAAUACAAAUGGCCCAUAACAUAUGCACUGAACAGCUUUUAAUUAAAGGAUUUUUAUUUUCCAUAGAAUUUAUAGUUUACACUCUUUUCAGUGCUGAGUCUUCUGUCUACUUGAUUACUGUGUUUCACUGAUCGUUUCCCACAGCUUGUUACAGCUUGAAAUAGUAAUAUGAGUGACUGACUUACUAGCAAUCGAUUAUUGCAAAAGCACAAGAAAAUGAAAAAUAAUAAAAAGGCCCAGCAUCCCUCUCCUUUUUAAAGUCUUCCAAGUCUUUCUUGGAGCAGGAGAGAAGCAAAACAUUUUGCUCAUAGUCCUAAUUUCUACUGUUGCUUAUUUGCUUCAUUGACCAUUUCAAAAAACAACCAGCAACAACAAUAACAAAAGCUCAGACAGUUUGCUGAAAUUUGCGAGGCCAUUCAAGUGCUUAAAACUCUGUCCUAAAAGAUGUUGCAGGAUCACGGCCUAAGAUUGUGUUUUGUUUUGUUGGUGGUUUUGUGUUUGUUUGUGGGGUUUUUUUUGGUUUUUUUUUGUUUGGUUGGUUGAUGUUUGUUUUUUUUAACUAGAUCUGCACAACUUUCCUGGCUUUAGGUCAUGUUUCUUAUCCUAUUUCUGCAAUUGCUUUUUAAGGUAUGAUCUGGGAAACACUUUCUACCAGAAUAUUUACCGAAAUCAGUGGAUCUAUGUACUUUAGCAGGCUGUAGUUUCUGUAGUGCAUAUGGAAAAUCUGUGUAUAGAAAAAUCUGUCAUUUUGAGCUUUUCUCAAGGCAAAAACCAAAGAUCAGUCCUUCACAAGAUGAUAUUAACUUUAAAUGUGUAUUGUGCAAUUAAAAUUUCCUUCGUAUUCAAAAUGUUUCUAGUGGGAAUUUUGUAUAGCUCUAUCAUCAGAUUUUUUGCUAUUUAAGGCUGAACAGGGAGCAGUCAGGCCAUGGGAAGUUCUAUUUUCUUUUUGCGUUGGCUGGUUUCUAAAUUUAUUUGGCUUCCAAUAAUUUUAUCUAUGGGGAAAAAGAAAAUAUAAAAUGAACAAUGUUGUCACAUAAUUUAAAGGAAAAAAAAACAGUAGUGGUGGUAAAGUUAGUAACAAACAGCUUUUUCUUUAAUAAGCAGAACGGUUAUGACUACAGUUUAAAGAACAACUUGGUAAGGUAUUGAUAUUCCAAUUUCAAGCUUUCUAAAACAUUGAACAUAAGUGUAUUGCAUGGCCAGAAAAAUGUAUGGGGUGCUUCUAGUGACUGAUUACUUUCUCUGGGGGGUGAGAGGGAGGAAGCGGCAUGUGGAUGGAACCGAUUUGCAUUGCAGUAGGGAAAAGCCCUGUCCUAUUGGGGCACUAUAUCAGUAGUGGCUGUCAGUCUUUUCUCCUCGUAUUUUAAUCAUGCAACUCAGCUGUCAUUUUAGUGGGCUACCACAUAUGCUGUAAAGGUAACUUUGGAACAGUGAUUUAGUGUGGCUGCUUUUUCCUGUUUCACAAACUCUUUUAAAGAUCAGUUUUGAAGAAAGCUGCAGGGACCCAUUUGUAGUCCUUCCAUGAAAAAUGCAAACUAAUUCUUGUUUUUCAGUUUGUAUAUGAUGUGACAUCCAUGUAUAUAUAAAAAUUACUGUGUCUCAACCAAACUUCCUUUAGUUAUGCACUGUGUUUGUUUAAACAAUUCAUGUAUUGUAGUCUGAUGCAGGUUUUAUUUAAAACACUACAUAUUUUCUCUUAUUUCUAACAAAUUUGAAAGGGUAGUGAUCUGAAAACUGCAAUCACUGGAUAGCUAGAAAGUGUGGUUUUGGUUUGUUAUUUGGUUUGUUGGGGGUUUUUUUGUUGUUUGUUUUUGUUUGUUUGGGGUUUGUUUGUUUUGUUUUGUUGUUAUUGUGGUGGUUUGUGUGUGGUUUGUUUGUGUGUUUUUUUGUUUGGUUGGUUUGGUUUGGUUUUUAAGAGAGCAAAAUGUACCUGGACAGUUUUGCUCUUUUCAGCAGGAAAGAGAAAUGCUAGCUGUUGUAUAGCUAAGAACCAAUGGACUUGGGGCCUGAUCCAGAACCCACUGGAGUUGAUGUGGGGCUUUCCAUUGACUUCAGUGUGCAUUAGCUCAAGCCCUUCAUGGUUUAGCAGUUCCUGAAUUGCUGAAGCAUCAAAUUCGAAUCUUUUUUAGUGAAGACAAAUCAUUGCUUAGAAUAAAAAUGUUUAAAACGUGACUAGUUAAAAAAUUUGAUUCUUCUCAACCCUUGUUAUUUAGUUCUCAUUUUCCAUCUAGUAUUUAAUGGUCUUUGGAGAAAAAAUAAUAAUAAACCAGAGUGGAAUAUAAAUAUAUAUAUUUUUGGUGCAAGAUGAGACCUUCUGUUUUUUGAAACAAGUCUGUAGCAUAAAGGUUAAACUAUUUUAAGACAAAAUAAAAUAGAGUGUAUUAUUUAAACAA